AUGACGCUGCAGCUGAGGAACCAGGACGCAGCCUACUAUCAGACUGCACACUACCGCAGGAAUCUUACCGGUGUCAGCAGCCAUUAUCUCCCCCCUUUGCCAGGUCCAGAGACCAUGUUGAAGCCUGCCCUCAGUCUCUUUAGCCAUCCACAGCAGCCUUUUCAACACAUGGACUCUUUGCACCAGCUGGGACCUCCACCUAUGUUGCCUACACAGACUCUCCGCCCUCCACCAGUCGGCCCCACCCCUGCAAUUGGACCGCCAAAUAUCCCUCCCGCCCAGACUUUGGGGCCCCCUCCCAUCCCUGCUACUCACACCUUGAGGCCUCCUGCACACAGCCUGGGCCCACCACCAGUGGUUCCUGCUCAGCCACUGGGGCCCCUUUCUAUGAUGCAAAACUUGGGUCCUCUGUGUCUGGACCAUGCAAUGGUGCCUCCCUCCUUAGAGCUCACACAACCACCUCUGAACAAUGCACAUGCAUUGGUGACCCCAGUGCCUGCUGGAGCUAACAGAUUCCCCUUGCCCUCCCCUCUUACUUCUAGCCCAGAAUCCACACAACUGCACCUAAGAUCUGGACCUCCGCUGAUCUCAUCCCCCGUGUGCGGCCUUAUUCAAUGCCCUCCUCGGGGUCCCACGGCCCCAGACUGCGAGCAGUCCCAGGAUGAGGGCUCUCCUCUGGGUGGGGAAGAACAGGAAGACACUUUUGGCCUGGAAGAACUUUGUAAACCAUUGUACUGUAAACUUUGCAAUGUUACCCUCAACUCAGCUCAGCAGGCACAGGCUCACUACCAGGGGAAGAACCACAGUAAGAAGUUGCGAAACUUCUACGCCGGCAGCCAACAGCCACCAGCCAUCAGGAUCCCAGAGGUCCUGGAGGUGGCUGGCCAGACAAACCUCAUCUCAGGAUCCAAUGAGAGCGAUACCGCAAGGCUGGCUCUGUAUAAGGGGCCCACCCGGGUCAUUUUGGCCACAGAGAAUGAUUACUGCAAGCUGUGUGACGCCUCCUUCAGCUCGCAGUCAGUCGCGCAGGCUCACUACCAGGGCAAGAACCAUGCAAAGAAACUGCGGCUCGCCGAGGCUCAGCAGAACAUCAACAUGGACGGGAGUGGCGAAGUGACCCCGAGACGGAGCAGGAAAGACAGCAGCGAGUACAGACUGGUGAAAAGUCGUCGUAGCCCUCAGCUUCUUACCUCGUUGCAAGGGCCAUAUUACAACCCAAGACCGAGGCAGCGGAUCCCUCGAGAUCUAGCCAUGUGUGUGACCCCCAGCGGACAGUUCUACUGCUCCAUGUGCAACUGCGGGGCAGAACAGGAAGCGGACUUCAGACAGCAUCUGGAAAGCAAGCAACACAAAGCAAAAGUGUCGGAGUUAAGGUACCGCAACGAGAUGGAGAACCUGGGCUACAGCUAAGAAGAAGAUAGGCCGAGGGACAACAUGCGACCAAAGUAGGGGCAUUUUUCCUGAGGGAUUAGUGUUGUAGCAUUUUUGGGGUCCACCAAGAAAAUUGAAAUCUAAAUUAUUCAAGUGAAAUAUUAUAUUUCUGGUCCGUUUUUUUGUUUUUUAAUUCUAACUCAGGAUGGAGGUGAAUUAAAAAAAAAGGUCUUUCAGAAGACGAGGAGGACGAAUGCAUGCGGAUGCAGACUGCGCUCAUCUUGUGCACCAAUCAGAUCAAAUCCAAAGCACAACCAAUCACGUGGCAGGAAUACGACCCAUGUGACAUGAAUCUGUCGGCCUUCGCUGACCCUCAGCGGUUCUUUGACUGACCUUGUUUGUGCCUUCUUUGGAAUCAAGAGUCAUCUUCAGGCAGUGUAGUUAAACUGGUUUUCUAUAUUCCUGCUCUAUUCUGCACAGAACAAGGUUUAAGUCAAUAGUAUUACAACUUAUUAAGAGAUAUAGUGCAGGAAAAAUUAGAUUAUGUUGAGCUAUUAUACUGUAAAUAUCACGAGGACAAAAUGUGACGGUUACACAAGAAAGUGGUCAAAGAAGUUAGUCACAAUAAUGCAACAUAGUCAGAGAUUAUUCUUUAUCCUGAUCUUAUUGGACUAUUGUAAAAGUACUGAUAUUAUUCCAUCCAAUAUUAACUUAUUGACAAGCUCAGCCAGAAUCAAUCAAUGUUUACUUAUAUAGCCCUAAAUCACGAGUGUCUCAAAGGGCUGCACAAGCCACGACGACAUCCUGGGCUCGGAUCCCACAUCAGGGCAAGGAAAAACUCAACCCAAUGAAACCUGAUGAGUUGAAUACUUGGCAAAGUCAUCGCGCGGGCCGGAUAAAACCGUACGUUUGACACCCCUGAUUUUGAGUUAAAGUUAAUGAUACAUUGUAGAAUCAUUUUAAGUGAAUAUGACUUCAUGAUGAGUGCAUGUGGACUUGUGAGCGCCACUGUACCUGUGUUGAGAAAAACAAACAAAACACAACCAAUUAUAAUUAAUGGUGUUUAUAGUCUUUUGCCACUUUACUGUGUUAUUUACAGCUAAAACACACAUUUAAUUAGCAUUCUCAGUUUGCUUCUUUGCUCAAAGGCCAGUCAAAUGAUUUCAACUAGAGAUGUCCGAUAAUAUCGGACUGCCGAUAUUAUCGGCUGAUAAAUGCUUUAAAAUGUAAUAUCGGAAAUUAUCGGUAUCGGUUUCAAAAAGUAAAAUGUAUGACUUUUUAAAAACGCCGCUGUGUACACGGACGUAGGGAGAAGUACAGAGCGCCAAUAAACCUUAAAGGCACUGCCUUUGCGUGCCGGCCCUGUCACAUAAUAUCUACGGCUUUCCACACACACACAAGUGAAUGCAAUGCAUACUUGGUCAACAGCCAUACAGGUCACACUGAGGGUGACCGUAUAAACAACUUUAACACUGUUACAAAUAUGCGCCACACUGUGAACCCGCACCAAACAAGAAUGACAAACACAUUUCGGGAGAACAUCCGCACCGUAACACAACAUAAACACAACAGAACAAAUACCCAGAACCCCUUGCAGCACUCGUCCGGGACGCUACAAUAUACACCCCCUGCUACCCAAAACCCCACCUCAACCCCGCCCAUCUCAACCUCCUCAUGCUCUCUCAGGGAGAGCAUGUCCCAAAUUCCAAGCUGCUGUUUUGAGGCAUGUUACCAUUAUCGGACAUCUCUAAUUUCAACCAUUUUAGUGUAGAAUGGUACAUGGGUUAUACUUUUUCCCCCCCUGAGUUGGUACCUUUUUUUUGGUUUUCGUUGGUACCUUUUUUUGUCUGUGUUGCUACCUUUUUUUGCCUGUUUUGGUACCUUUUUUGGUCUAUGUUGGUACCUUUUUUUUUUUUGUCUAUGUUAGUACCUUUUUUUUUUGUCUGUGUUGGUACCUUUUUUUUGGUCUGUGUUGGUACCUUUUUUUGCCUAUGUUGCUACCUUUUUUUUUUUGCCUGUGUUGGUACCUUUUUUUGUCUGUGUUGGUACCUUUUUUUUGCCUGUUUUGGUACCUUUUCUUGUCUAUGUUGGUACCUUUUUUUGUCUGUGUUGCUACCUUUUUUUUUGCCUGUGUUGGUACCUUUUUUUGUCUAUGUUGGUACCUUUUUUUAGGCAUAAUAAUGUGUUAAUUCCACGACUGUAUAUAUCGGUAUCGGUUGAUAUCGGAAUCGGUAAUUAAGAGUUGGACAAUAUCGGAAUAUCGGAUAUCGGCAAAAAAGCCAUUAUCGGACAUCUCUAAUUUCAACCAUUUUAGUGUAGAAUGGUAAAUGGGUUAUACUUUUUUUUCCCCUGAGUUGGUACCUUUUUUUUGGUUUUCGUUGGUACCUUUUUUUGUCUGUGUUGCUACCUUUUUAUGCCUGUUUUGGUACCUUUUUUUGUCUAUGUUGGUACCUUUUUUUUUGUCUAUGUUGGUACCUUUUUUUUUGUCUGUGUUGGUACCUUUUGUCUGUGUUGGUACCUUUUUUUGCCUAUGUUGCUACCUUUUUUUUUGCCUAUGUUGCUACCUUUUUUUGCCUGUGUUGGUACCUUUUUUUUGUCUGUGUUGGUACCUUUUUUUGCCUGUUUUGGUACCUUUUCUUGUCUAUGUUGGUACCUUUUUUUUUGUCUGUGUUGGUACCAUUUUUUGUCUGUGUUGCUACCUUUUUUUUGCCUGUGUUGGUACCUUUUUUGUCUAUGUUGGUACCUUUUUUUAGGCAUAAUGUGUUAAUUCCACGACUGUAUAUAUCGGUAUCGGUUGAUAUCGGAAUCGGUAAUUAAGAGUUGGACAAUAUCGGAAUAUCGGAUAUCUGCAAAAAAGCCAUUAUCGGACAUCUCUAAUUUCAACCAUUUUAGUGUAGAAUGGUAAAUGGGUUACACUUUUUUUCCCCCCUGAGUUGGUACCUCUUUUUUGGUUUUCGUUGGUACCUUUUUUGUCUCUGUUGGUACCUUUUUUUUGUCUGUGUUGGUACCUUUUUUUGUCUGAGUUAGUACCUUUUUUUUGGUCUAAGUUGCUACCUUUUUUUUGCUUGUGUUGGUACCUUUUUUUGUCUAUGUUGGUACCCUUUUUUUGUCUAUGUUGGUACUUUUUUUUAGGCAUAAUAAUGUGUUAAUUCCAUGACUGUAUAUAUCGGUAUCGGUUGAUAUCGGAAUCGGUAAUUAAAAGUUGGACAAUAUCGGAAUAUCGGCAAAAAAGCCAUUAUCGGACAUCUCUAAUUUCAACCAUUUUAGUGUAGAAUGGUAAAUGGGUUAUACUUGUUUAGCACUUUUCUACCUUCAAGGUACUCAAAGCGCUUUGACACUAUUUCCACAUUCACCCAUUCACACACACAUUCACACACUGAUGAUGGCGGGAGCUGCCAUGCAAGGUGCUAACCAUGAGGUUAUCAUCAGGAGCAAGGGUGAAGUGUCUUGCUCAAGGACACAACGGACGUGAUGAAGGUUGGGGAUCGAACCAGGAACCCUGGUCCCCAGAAGAAGUAGAAGUGUCGCGCACUCUACAAAAUACACAAUAACUGCUGUGAGGAUGUCUUGGCUCACUAUGAGGGACUUUAAGGGCCGAGGCGCUGCAGGGAGACUACAAGAUGAGCAAUGGAGGGAGAAGAAACUGCUGAGCUGUUGUUUUACUCACUGAGCACGGUGGCCUGUGAGGGGACAAGCAAGCAUUUCUUCCAGGAGUUGGCAGCAUGUCGGAGGGCCAGAGGUGUUACAAACGCUGUGUGGAAAAAGGCCACAGAUGUGGUUCUUUAUUAUUAUUAGUUGUUGGGAAGACUUGACACUGCAUGAGGCCACCACGGUACUUACCUCCUUUGCAUGAGAGCCGGGCCAUGGACUUGGAGCCAUUUGCGUGCCAAGAAGGAAUGGUGUAAUACAUAUGACCUUUUUUUAUUUAUUAUUAUUGCUAAGCAAAGUGUCUUGCACAUUGAUCUGGUUGCAUAUUUAACAAAUACAAUUAAAAAUAUUAAUUUAAACCACUUUGAAUACUGGAAAAUAGUUUGUGUUUCCUGUCUCGUUUCCUGAAAUUAAGAGUUUACCAUGAAGUAGUCCUCCAGAAAUGUUAUUUAUUCAUAUUAAAAUGAAUAUUUUUAUUUGGAUCAAGUGAAAUUACUCAAAUAGAAAACAAUGCUAGGUAUGAACAAACUAACAGAUUUAUUAUUAACCCUCUGGAAUGGACUUAUACUGGCUUUAAUUAACAGGGGACCUAUUAUGCAAAACUGAAUUUUUUUGUCUUUGUUGGUACCUUU